AUGCCAUACUGCCUCUUCGAAAAUCCACAGCGUGCUAAAUUCUGUAGUCCACAAGAACGAGGCCGGCGGAGAACUGAUUUCGUUGCCUCCACCAACUUGGUCGGGAAAUUCACACAAAGUGUUCGUCGCAUUGUACAAGAUGUUAAGGACGAGGGUGCCUCUAGCGGGCAGACAAAAGAAGAAGUAAUAGAAACUAAUGAACGACUGCGGGCAGUGCGCAUACGGCUCGAUGAAAAUUACGAUACUGCCAAGAAAGCUCUUGUUACAUUGAUGGCGAGGUACAGUGAAUCCAAGUCACAGAGGAAUAUCUUCACCCGAUACGCACUUCUCAAAGCUAUGAUUAAGGAUGUUAUACGCUUAGAGACCCAAUACUGGUCCCUCGUGGAGAUUCCUAAGCAGGAGAAAGCUGAAACAGUACCAGCAUUUGUGCUGCGCGCGUGUGCCAUCAUGGAGAAAACUCAAAAGUCUGGUGAGGGCGUAAAAACUUCAGCAAAGCUCGCUGAGGAGGCUGCCGACAAACGAGAACGUCUGGAAAGACUUAGCGAUAUGACAACAUCGCAAAUAGAAGCUGAAAAUACCCAAAUGACGAAUGAUUUAUAUCGUCUUCUGAAGAAAUAUACGGGCCUCAGGAAUCUGAUCAGAGAGCUGAAGAAAGAUUAUGUGAGUUCCAAAGUAUACCCGAUGUUUCCGAGAUACACAAUGCUGAAAGACAUGAUAAAGGAUAUCAUGCAUGAUCCCGACUACAUGGAGGUUUGCCAUGAGGUGGACCCAUAGCGCGGGGUCCGCAAAUAAAUGAGGGUCUCUAUCACUGAUCGCUCGCGGUCACGAUUCCGACACUAGGCAGAAAGGAUGGUAGAUGGUUUACCAAUCAAUAUACGAGUACAAAAACCGAUAUAAGCUAUUCACAAAAAAAUUAAAUAUAUUCCAUCUCAAUUCGACUAAUUCCGGUUAACAAGUGAGAUUCGAAAAGAACUUCGAAUCGAGCGAAUCUUUAAUGUCAUCGCAAAUAAAUUAUGGAGGAUUUGCAAAAAACAUUUACAAGUUAAACAUAAUUCAAAGGUAAACCUUCUUGAUUCUGGGUAAGUUAAAGGUAGCGGAGUGUGUAGUGAGACGAGUACUCGUUUAUUUUGCGCUGAUUUUAUUCAUUGGACUUUAUUAUAAUUCGUAAGAUUGGUGUUUAGUGUAAGUACUCGUCCUUGAUCCCUUGAGUUGCUUUGAUAUUUAUUUAUUCUGUAGGUCAGUGUCUAUCAAUGUCUAUCAUAUCUUACAAUAGAUAUCAUUAUUAUGUAAAAAAGAGUCUUUAUAGGUGUAUUUACUGUUAAAUUACACAGUAUCGUGCAAUGGUAUUUAUUUGAAAUACAGUCAUUAAUCUGGUAUGUAGGAUAAAUUUAAAUAAUACUCAA